CCACCGCUCGAAGAUAAUGGAAAGAUCAAUUACAGCUUUCUCGUUUGCGUUGGUUGCUGCUUUAGCUUCAGCCCUAGUCCUUAUGGUUCAAGCCCAACUAAAUCCAGGUUUCAUAAGUAUCGACUGCGGAGCACCGAAUUCAUACACCGACUACGAGACCAAUAUAGAUUUUUCUACGGAUAAAGGAUUCAUAGAAUCUGGAGAGAGCAUGCAGAUAUCCACAAAAUUCAUCCGCCAAAAAUUCCGACAAUGGUUGAAAAAUCUAAGAAGUUUUCCUAGUGGGAUGAGAAACUGCUACACCUUGAAACCAGACAAAGGCAAGAACAACACGUACUUGAUUAGAGCAUCAUUUUGGUAUGCGGACUAUGAUGAUAAGAACCGACCUCCCAUAUUCGACCUACACAUCGAUGUUAAUCAUUGGGAUACGGUUGAUAGUUCUGGUAAUAACUACUACGAAAUUGUCUAUGUGGCCCAAAGGGAUGAUAUACAAGUGUGCCUCGUAAAUAUUGGCCAAGGAGUGCCCUUUAUUUCGGCAUUGGAACUAAGACCUUUGGACAAUUCUAUCUAUCAUAUUGAAUCGGGAUUUUUGACGCUUUGGAAUAGAUAUGACGUCGGAGGCCCAAAUUCGACCAUCAGGUACCCGUACGAUGUUUAUGAUCGCAUCUGGAAAGGUUGGAUCUGUCCUGCCUGGCUUAUGCUCAACCCGGGGACGUCCGCCUCUGACUUAUCCAACAACAACGAUAAGGUUCCGGGCGAAGUCCUGAGGACAGCUCAAACAGCAAGAAAUGCCAACACUACCUUAAUCUAUUAUUUAUUGCCGAACAACGUGACAUCUAAAUGGAUCGGGUACUUCCAUUUCGCCGAAACCCAAAUCUUGCCGAGCGGCCAGCAAAGAGAGCUCACGGUUUCCACAAGUGAUGGCCAAUUCGAGGAGACAGUGGGGCUCGAGUACUUGAAGCCAGUGACCGUUGUUUCCACUCCAGUCUCUGGGUCCCAAAUCAACUUCUCAUUCAAAGCAACGACGAUACAGUCUGGAUAUCCGCCACCGAUCAUCAAUGCCAUUGAGAUCUUUCGAAUUAAAGAACCUCUGAAUGCACCAACAGCCCAAGAUGAUGUCAAAGCUCUCACCAGCACCAAGGCAGAGUAUACUGUGAAUAAAGAUAGCUGGCAAGGUGACCCAUGUGUACCACGCAAAUUUGCUUGGGAUGGUCUGAAUUGUAGCUAUGGAAAUCCUCCGAGGGUUAUUUCAUUAGAUCUGUCCAACAAUCAACUUACAGGAGCCAUACCAGAAACUUUGGCAAAUCUGCCAAAAUUGAGAAUUCUGCAAAGCAACUUGAGGGAUAUAACUUUACCUACUUUCUAUUCUUGCAGUCUUAACAACAACCCCGAUCUUUGCCAGGAAAGUCCUUGCUCAGAAAAGAAGGCUAAAAACUCCUUCUUGGUCCCAGUUGUUGCAUCAGUUUCAGUUGUAUUUGUAGUUAUCUGCGCGUUGAGUGUUGGGUUGAUUAGAAGGAAACGGACACUAGAAUCUAGUGAGAGGACAUUGGGAUUAAAGAAUCGACCUUUUAAGUAUGAAGAAGUUUCAAGAAUCACUGGAAACUUUGGACAAGUGAUUGGUGAAGGUGGAUUUGGAAAGGUAUAUCUUGGUGCACUGGAUAACAGCACUGUAGUUGCAGUGAAGAUACUCUCUCAAUCAUCAAAGCAAGGGUACAAGGAAUUUCAAGCCGAGGCGCGACUCUUAAUGAUUGUUCACCACAGAAACUUGGUUUCUCUAUUUGGAUAUUGCAAUGAGUCUAAGCACAUGGCAUUGAUAUAUGAAUACAUGGCAAAUGGAAAUUUAAGGCAACAUUUAUCAGCCACAGGUAAAGUUAAAAUACCUCCAACAGAGGACCAUCCAAAGGUCUUGACAUGGAGUAAAAGGCUACAUAUAGCUGUUGAUGCAGCACAAGGUUUGGAUUAUUUGCAUAAUGGUUGCAAGCCACCCAUCAUCCAUAGAGACUUGAAGACUACAAACAUCUUGUUGAAUGAAGACUUUCAAGCCAAGAUAGCUGAUUUUGGCCUUUCAAGAGCUUUUGCAACUGAAAAUGACAUUUAUGUGUCAACUUGCCCUGCAGGCACUCCCGGCUACCUCGAUCCCGAGUUUCAAUCUUCUGGAAACAUAACCAAGAAGAGUGAUGUUUAUAGUUUCGGAAUCAUACUCUUUGAGUUGAUCACGGGCCGACCUGCAAUAAUGAGAAGCCGGGAUGGCAGUACUAGCAUGCACAUACUUGAAUGGUUGAUUCCUAUUGUCGAAAGUGGCGAUCUACAUAGCAUUAUGGAUCCAAGGUUAAAGGGAGAAUUCGACAUCAACUCAGCUUGGAAACUAGUGGAGAUUGCUAUGUCUUGUACACGACCAAUGGCAAUUCAAAGGCCGGACAUAAAUCACGUAUUGGCAGAGUUAAAGGAGUCUUUGGUGAGCAAAUCAAGCGGUUCUUUUGAAAUGACUUCCUUGGAGCUCCAUUCUGAUAUUGCCCCUAUGGCAAGGUAGUAGAACUUUUUCAAUCCAGAUAGGCUGUCGUCUUUUAAGGUAAAAAUUGACAUUUGUCCGCAAAUUUGUACUAGUUUUUUUAAUUGCGUAAACCAUUUCCCUUUUCUUUUCUGUUAUUGAAUCUUCAA